AUGAACCCGGCAGCUACUGAGUUGAGCCUCCAGACGCAUAUCAAUCAGCUCAAGAAAUCCAGCGAAAGUUUGCAACCUGCGAGGUACGCUUCUCUUCUUCAAAAGUGUACCGAGCAAAAGUCCGCCGCUGCUGGCAAACUCGUCCACCAGCACAUCCUUUCCUCUGGGUGUGGAGUGAAUAGAUAUAUUCAAAACCAUCUGAUUUUCAUGUAUGCAAAGUGUGGCUGCCUGGAAGAUGCCUUGGAGGUUUUUGAGCUGCUUCCAAAUCCAAAUGUUUUCUCGUGGACAGCGCUGAUCACCGCCUAUGCCAAGGAAGGGCAUUUGCGGGAGGUGCUUGGGCUUUUCAGGAAGAUGCAGCUAGAUGGUACUAAGCCAGAUGCUUUUGUUUUCAGCACAGUUCUUACAGCAUGCUCUAGCGCUGGAGCUCUAAACGAAGGAAAAGCCAUUCACGACUGCGCUGUUUUGGCUGGGAUGGAAACACAAGUUGUGGGAAAUGCAAUCGUCAACUUAUACGGGAAAUGCGGGAGAGUGCAUGAAGCUAAGGCUGUGUUUGAAAGGUUGCCAGAAAGAAACCUUGUGUCCUGGAAUGCUCUCAUUGCAGCAAAUGCACAAAACGGGCAUUGCAAGGAUGCGAUGCAAGUUUUUCAUUUGAUGGAUCUGGAUGGUUCUGUAAGACCAAACGAUGCUACCUUUGUCAGUGUUGUGGAUGCCUGCUCGAACCUUUUGGAUCUUCCCCGAGGAAAGUCCACCCACGAACGGAUCAUUCGUACGGGCUUUGAUUCCUAUCUCUUUGUCGGAAAUUCGCUUGUGAACAUGUACGGAAAGUGUGGGAGUGUUGACCGUGCUAGGCUAGUAUUUGAAAAGAUGAGGUUGCGGGAUGUUUUAUCGUGGACUUCGUUGAUCGCUGCGUAUGCCUUAAACGGGCAUCGCAGUGCUGCGCUGGAAUGGAACCAGAGGAUGGACUUGGAGGGUAUUCCUCCCAACGACAUCACAUUUGUAAGCAUUUUAUUUGCUUGCGGCCACUCGGGACUCGUCUAUCAGGGGCGAGAUUUUUUCGUGUCGAUGGUGGAAGACCAUUCCAUUUUGCCAACAAUGGAGCACUAUGGUUGCAUGAUCGAUCUUCUUGCUCGUGCUGGGUGGCUGGAAGAGGCCACGCAACUUAUUAAUUUGAGCCCAUUUGGUCACAAAUCGUUUGAGUGGCUAACACUUUUAGGAGCUUGCAAGAUGCAUGGAAACCAAGGCUUGGCUUCCCAAGUUGCAAAACAAGUGUUUGUGAAAGAUCCCAAGUCUGCAUCGCCAUAUAUGUUGCUCCUUCGAACUAAAACCUGUCGAAUGGAAUAA